AUGGGGCCAAUUAAUAGAUGGUGCAGUCUUUCAACGGCACCAUUCUCCAAAGGGAGCCUUGAUUGUACAUAUUGGGCUUGGGAUAAUUGUCCGGUGGCUUGGCGUGGCCAGUACACGAGAGGUGACCACAACGGGCCGACAAUAUCGCUUGAAGCACUGGCAUCACAAGAUACAUGGAUUUGGCACGCAUACUUUGGUGUUGCCGGUUCAAACAACGGAAUUAAUGUGUUGAACCAAUCUCUUUUGUUCAAUAGCUUUGAAAACGGCACAGCACCGGUGGUUCCUUUCACGGUAAAUGGCACCGAAUAUAAGUAUCAGUAUUUCCUCGUGGACGGGAUCUACCCAAGAUAUGCGAUGUUUGUGAAAACCAUUCCUCAUCCAACCAAUGAGAAAAGGAUUCGAUUUGCUAAGACACGGGAGGCUGCAAGGAAGGUUGUGGAGCGAACUUUUGACGAGGACUACGCAUUAUGUCCUGAUUAUAUUCCAGAUCCCCCGGUUGCACCACAACCAUCAGAUGAUCGACUAGCAGAAAUACAAGAAUCAAACGUCCAUGAAGACUUUCGUAUGGAUCUCAUUGACCAUAUUCAUCGCACAUUCAUCCCGAGCCCCGAUCGCUAG